CAGCAGCAGCAGCAGCAGCAAUAGACGACAAGCAACAACAUAAAACAACACCCGCCGCAUCUCAUUUGGCACCGCCACCAGCACCACAACAAAAACAACAACAUCAACAGACACAGCAGCAGCCGCGACAGCAGCAGCAGCAGCAACAGCAACGCCACACACAGCAGCAACAUCUGCAUCAUCAGCAGCAGCAGCAGCAACAGCAGCAGCAGCAACAACAACACUAUCGACCACAAGCCCACAACAGAAACACAUACGAAAUGUUGUACUCCCACAACCACCGACAGCACCCGCAACCUCAAACCCAAAUAUUGUCAGCACUACCAGCAGCAACAGCACCAGCAGCAGCAGCAGCUGCAACACGCCAGCAACAGGAGCAGCAGCGUCAGCUAAAAAAGCGACAACACGUGGAACAUUUGCAAAGCAGCAGCAGCAACGACAACAACAGCAGCAACAUUGGUAAAGUCAGCAGCAGCAGUCGCAUCGCUGCCCAGCAAAUGGCGCAGGCGGAGCACGCGUAUUUAUCCACGCUGUAUGGCAAGGCUGCCGCCAAUAUGCUGAGUCCGCCGUUAAGUGGCGGCAUUGUUGCAGCCGCAAGACCACUACGCCGUCGUAACAGUGGUUGUGGUCGCAGCAGCAUUGAUUGGAGCUUGGCCAGAGAUGCUGCAGUGCCGCCUCCGCCUCCGCAACAGCAGCAGCAGCAACAGCAACAGCAGCAACCACAUCCACAGGCACAGGCACAGCUGCAACGGCAACCGCUGCGUGCUCGACGCCUCACCCUGACCGUGGAGCAGCUGGGUCAUCAUCAACAUCAACAUCAACUUCCACAUCAUCAUCAACAACAACAUCAACAUCAUCAUCACGUUGGCGGCGCAUCAACGGCGACAGCGACACGAGUGGCAGCUGUGGCUGCGGCAGCGGUGGCCGCGGAACGUCAGCAGCGACACGCGAUCAUGCAGCGACGUCACAGCAUUUGUGCAGCGGCAGCAGCAGUGGCUGGCAUUGCCAGCCUGUCGCCGGCAUCGUCAACCAAUUCGUCAUCGGCAGCAACAUCGCCUUCAUCAUCGGCAGCAGCAGCCGCAUCAGCAUCGGCAGCAGCGGCCGCAUCGGCAUCAGCAGCAGCGGCCGCACUGGCAGCUGCCUCCUAUUAUGGCGCCUUCCCGGCGCCCUAUCAUCAUAUGGGCGCGGCAGCAGCGGCGGCGGCAGCUCACCACCAUGCACAUGGUCAGCCAUCGCCGACGAUUUAUCCGCCAACGCCGCCGCCAUCGACGCCCUGGGUGCAUCCCUGGUAUGCGGGCGAUGCAUUCUAAAUUGCAUUGCGCACCAUGCUGCAUGCUGCAUGCCCCAUGUAAAUUGUAGUCUAUGGCUAAGUUAAUUUAUAGCUUCAUUUCAACUACUGUUAAGCUUAACUAGUUAUUUUCUACAUAUAUCCACGUUUAAUUAUUAAUUAAAAUUUUUUUUUUUCAUUUUUUUGUUUAGCGCGUAAGUAGGUUAACUAAUUUUCAAUGGGCAUCAUAUGCCGCAAAUUAAACAAUCGGUAAUCGAUAGUUCAUGUUGCCGAAGUAUCGAUGACAGCGUCCGCAGAUUGACAAAAACAAAAAACGAAAAAAAAAUGAAACUUGUUGCUUUUCGUUAAACAAUUUUGUAUUUCAACUAUUUUUCACUGAGAACUCAAAGAACUGAUUACAUUAAAGCCACAACUACAUAUAUAAAUAUAUACACACACACACACACAUACACACACCUUUAUAUAUAUAUAUAUAGAAAGAAAACAACAAUAAUUUUCAACGUUUCUCAAGGUCAGCACUUGCACACAUCGACAAACAAACAAAAAACAACUCAACACACAUUAAAAUUUAAAAAAAUUCGCUUUUGUUUUCAAUGCGCGCUGCCCGCUCGAAAUACAAAAACAAAAACACAAAAGCAACAACAGCAACAAUUAUAAUAGCAAAACAUUUAAAGCUCGUUCGCCGGCGUCAAACUGACUGCAUAGUUAUAUAAAUGAAUUUUUUCGUAUAUAAAUUAUAUAAAGUCAUUAACUUGUAAUGCUUAGCAAAGAAAUGUAAUUUCUUACAUCCUACUCAUCAUAUAUAACUCAAUGAAAAAAACAAGAAAACAAUACAAAAACAAAAAAAAAAAUAAGAAAACAAAAAGAAAAACAAUUGUGUAAACAUAAAAUGCAAAUGCAACUGCAGCAAAUUCAUGCGUCUUGUGUUGUGCGUCAGUUCGUUUCCGAACUUGCCACAAGCAAUAUAUGUGUUGAAACAUGUUCCAUAUAAGCAAGCAAAAAAACUACUUAUGUACUUUGUAAAUGAACAAUUUCCAAGUCUCUUAACAUUAUUAAAAAAAAACAAAAACAAAAAAAACAAACAAAAACAAAAAAAAAAAAAAACAAAAAAAACUUAAACAAAAACCAAGAAAAAUAUGUUAAAAACAUACAAAACAAGAAAGAACAGUUGAAAUUUUCGGCUAACCCCGAAUAUUACAUACCCUUUGCAGAAUGUUAAUUAAAGAAGAACAAAAACUAUUAAAUAAUUUGGAUCGAUAAUGUUUCUUUCCGAAAUAUGAUCCCAUAUAUAUAUAUAUACAUAUAUAUAUGUACAAUUCUCUGCAAGGGUAUACAAAAUGCUUAUGUUAUAUAAUGUAUGUAUAUAAUCGCAUAUGUACGUACGCGUAUGAUAUAUUGUGUAUAAGUUACAUAAAUAAUAUCCGUUUUAUGGAUUAUUUGGCAAAGAACAAGAAAAAAAGAGAAACAUAUUUAUUUGUAUUAUUAUUAUAUUAUUAAUAACUGAAUACACUAGACAUACAUAUAUUUUUGUGCUGUUAUUAAAUUAGAUGGGAAAAUGAUUUAUAGAAAUGCAAGUUUCUACAUUCGUUUUAGUUUCAGCUGUUUAGUAUAUUUACACUACACACACACACUCACACACACACACAACACAAGCACACAGACACA